GAUCUUACAUGAUUUUUGUAACUGCAAAUAAUGUUGAAUAAACUAUAAUGCCAUCGCUAUUAAUUUAGUAAAAUAUUACCAAAAUAUUUCAGACAAAUGAUUUGUUUUUAAUCCCCAACUUUACAAACAAAUCAUUAAAUAUGGCAAGCAUGUAUGUGAGUAAAUAAAGCAAAAUGAGCAAUCAAGUGAAUAGGUAUACUCAUGAACGUCUACCGAAUUUAAAAUCAGUUUAACACUGAACGUUUCGCGUGUAAGAGCGGACUGUCUUUGCGAUACUUAAGAGGGGAAAUAAUCUAAUAAAAUAAAUAACAAAUUUCUUUUUGAAUAAUAUAAAUUCAAAAAAAAAAACUAUGUUAAAUGAAAAGUGAAAAUAUUGAAAAUACAAAAAGUAAAGUUUUUAUUAUUUGUUUAUAAACGACACACGUGACGCAAAAAAAAAUAUAAUUUUGCUUCAAGAGAAUGUAUUUAUUUGUAUUAAAAAUAAAUUAGAUCAAAUAUUUAUCAAUAAAUCUAAUUAUAAUAAAAAUAAAAAUUGUUAAAAGAAUAAUAAUAAUCACAACAACAAUUCCUCAUAAAAUAAAAAAUCUAGUAAAAAAUUUAAAAGAUAUUAGUUUUAAUUUGAUGAGUUUUCCCAUACGAAUAUGGCAUUAUUUUCAAUUAAUUAUAAAAUUGAUUACGCGGAUGUAACGUGCCAUAUGUCACUUGUUGAUGAACUAUAUACAAAACAGCGAAGUAUCACAUGUUACUAAGUGCAAAUUCAAGGGACAAGGUGCGUUACGGCAAAAUACCCAUACAUAAAGUUAAAACGUUCAUGAAUUUAUAUAAAAGUUAUUAAAAAAAAAACUCAAGAAUAUAAAAUUUGAGUUUGAUGAGAAAUUCUUAAAAACGUGUCGCAUUAACUUUUCUAAAUAAAAGUACAAGUACUUAAUAUGGAUAUAUUUACCGAUUAUAUGCAAGACAUGGAUUAUGAAUCACUGAUGUUAAUCUGUGCAUCAAUUGCUGCGGUUGUUAUUUGUGGAAUACUAUUAAUUAGUAAAAUAAAAAAUGACUCUGUGCAACGUAAUGGUAAUGAUAGUUGUCAUACAUCAUCAUUGAAGUCACAUACCUAUAAGAAUAUUAUUUUAAAUUCAGCUCUAUAUACAAAUGGUAACCGUCAGAAUCCUAUCAGCCUAAGUGGAAAGCAACGCAAAUCUCGCAGCACUAAUAACAGACAAGAUAUAACAAAAAAAAACACAAUCACCCCUUCCGGUGGUGGCCAAGAGAUACUCAAGAGGAAUUCAUCCGGAUUUAAAAUCAAGGAUUGGUUACAAAAUGAUUUAAUAAGUUGUGACACAUAUUUUGUAUCUUCUUUCCCCGAAGAUAAAAUGAAACCAUGUCAUAACCAAGCACAUCGUAACAGUACAUCCAGUGAAGCAACGGCUAGUUAUAGUUCAAGUAAUGAGGAUUUGUGUUUAACAUAUUUAAUAGAAGCAAGUUCACAAAAAAAUGGAACAAAAUUGAGACAGAGGAAACAACAAAAACGGAAAAAAGCCCUUACUUCCACGAAUUCUGCUAAUAUAAACAGAAAUAUCGAGUUCAUGGAUCUCGGUGAUGAAACUAUGGAAAAUGUAAAAUCUAAUGGACCAAAGAAGACAUCAACUAAUGCUGCCCUAAAAUUAAGAAAGCAAUGCGCAACUGCUGCUGCUUUGAAGGCAGUUUUAAAUAAUAGGCAACUCUCGAAGUCGUAUAUUCAUAGUCUAAGAAGUUCGGAAUCUAAUUCAUCCCUAUGCAAUUCCUUGUCAUCUGCUUCCUCAACAACAUCUAUAAAUUCGUCGCUUUCAUCGUCGGCUUCAAAUUCUCCCGCUACAUCAGUCAAUUCCUCACCCACGGCAUCCCCUACUGCAUGUAAACGUAAUACGGAUUAUUUGAAAAAAUCGGCAAAGUCAUUGAUACCACCUCUAAAACAAUUUACUAAAUUGAACAUGAAUGAGCAGGAAUUAGUUCAACAAAUGAGACGCUAUGUUAUCGAUCCAAGUCUUCUAAGAGUAUACGGCUUCCCUGUAGAAUCAGUUCACCAUGAGGGUAGUAUUGAAAUUUUUAAAUGCUUGCCUAAACAUUUGGCCGAGGAGGCUGUGACUGAAGACAACCAACGACAUCAUCGUCAUUUUUAUGGUCGUAAAAAAUCCGACAUCUUUAAUGUUAGUGAUGGUUUAUACUCGAAUUCCUGUGGUCAACGAUGGUAUGGUAAUAGUUCAACCGAUUCAGGCCAUGGUUCUGGCGAAUCAAGCCCACGCUUCACCGAUUCAGAUUCAAGUGAAAUGGCUGAAGAUGAAUUGAUAGCACCUGUAAUGGCAUUUUACACACCCGAUGGCGUAUACCAAAUAUUUUCAGAAUACUGUAAUUCCAUAGAGAAACAGUGUGUGCGAUGUUCCAAAAUGUUCCAAGUUAACGAAGAAGGCGAGUACUUGUCUUUCGGAUCAUGUACUUAUCACUGGGGUAAACUGAGUAAUGUGUACAAUGGGAAAUGCUACGUCAAUAUUUAUUCUUGUUGUCAAGGCGAAGAGCUUAGCGAAGGAUGUUCUCAGCAUGCUUUGCAUGUUUGGAAUGGUAUUGUUGUUGGCAUAAAUGGCCCUUACACGGAUUUUGUACACACACAACGGAAGGAUAAAGGUCUUAAAAAGCAUUCAAAAGUAUAUGCCAUCGACUGUGAAAUGUCUUACACAGGCUUAGGUUUGGAGGUCACCAAAGUCACAGUUGUAGGUUAUGAUGGUUCUCUUGUGUAUGAACACUUUGUGAGAACUCAAGCCGAAAUAAUUGAUUAUAAUACCCGAUUUUCGGGGGUUUCUGAAAAGGAUCUCUCAGCAGACUCGAAUAAUUCCAUUAAAACUUUUGCCGAAGUACAAAAAGACUUGCUAAAUCUCUUUGACGCCGAUACUAUCCUCAUUGGUCAUGGUUUAGAUAAUGAUUUGAGGGUUUUGCGUUUAGUACACAAAACGAUAGUGGACACGUCAGUGAUAUUUAGCCAUUCAACGGGAUAUCCAUAUAGAAGAUCUCUCAAGAAUUUAACAAAAUCCUUUUUAAAACGAGAUAUACAGUGUGGUGAUAUGGGUCACAGUAGUUUUGAAGAUUCUCGAGCAUGCCUAGAGUUGAUGAUGUGGAAGAUCCGAAAAGAUUUACGGCACUGGAAUUACUAAUCAGUACGAACAAUAUUAUAAGGGUUUUAACAAAAGUCUAAUUGUGAUCAAAUUUGUAUAUAUAUAAUUUUAAUUCCUAUGUAGCUAUAAAAUUUGUAAAACUUUAUAUAUAUUUUUUUAAUAUAUGUAUGUAUGUUGUGCGAAUGUGUUAUUAUAAUGAAUAUAAAUUUUGAUUGUAUAAAAGGGUGCUCGAUUCGGUCAUAUUUACUGAAAUAUUUCAUUAUUAGCUACAUUAAAUAUAGUUUUUUUAUUAUUUAUUUAUUUCAGUCUUUUUUUAAUCGAAAUAUAGGAUUUUGAAAUAUUUUUUAUUAAGCUAAAUAAUAUUUUUUAUUUAUUCAGUUAGAUUCUGGUGUACUUUUAAUUGUAUUGUAGUUUAUAGAAAAACCUGUUUCCACGAAGACGAAUACUUGAUCACCCUACCCUGCAAUUAUAUAUGUAUGUAAUUUUUUUAAUGUUAAUAAAAUCACAAGAGAGUGUGUGAUAAAGAUUAAGUGAGCUACGAAAAUUAAAUUUAGUUUUUUUCUUACAAUUUGCUUAAAAUUUUCUGUAUUACUUUAGCAGAAUUUAAGUUUUCAAUCAGAUCAAUUUUCUGUAUUAUUUUAGCAGAAUUUAAGUUUUCAAUCAGGUAAUUUUUUUAAAUUUAAAUGUUUAAAAAUAAAAUAAUAUAUUGUUUGAAUUCUAAUAAUAAA